UUUGGUUUGAAUGUGAAAGCUUUUAUAGACCAUAUUAAAGAUUUACUAACAGUUUGCCAAAAAAACUAUUUAAGACUACUGCAUCUUGUGGCAAUAAAUAAACAUACCAUAACGCAGAAGGAGCGGAGUAUCUACUAACUACAUAAUGAAGAAGUUCCCCUUCGACGAAUGUUUUCUGUUAAAUGGCCACAGCAUCAAACUAUGAAUUGGAGCUUGAAUGUACAUGGAUUUAUGCUCGAAUAGCUCAUGUGAUAGAAGGCAAAACUCAUUACAGGAGCAGACAAGUCCAGGAAAAUCCAAAAUGCAUUUACAGGAUAAUCAUAAUCCCAGAAACGACGAAAAUGUUGCUGCGUCAGGAGAUCAUGAUUCACAUCAGCAACACUCGAAUCAGGAGCAGUACAUAAGUCCCAACCAAAAAGUGAUCACCAGCUCUAAGAAUAACAACAUCUUGAGGUUGCAUCCACCGCCACUGUCGAAACCACCGCCUCUGUCCAGGCCUGUUUUGCAAGCCCAUAUCUUGCAGCGAAUCCAGUCGGGUGCUACGGGCACGAGCACGGGCACGGGUGUUGUUGUGGACACAGAAGCGUCAGAGGAGCAUCGCUAUCCCAAUGUGUUAGUGUUGCAGCGAUCAGCGACUUUGCCAGCGAAGCAUAAUCGCUUAGGAGUAAGCCGCAGCAGAGUAACUUUUAAAGUGCCAUCUUCAAAAAAUCCAGUUCCUGCUCCAGCGCAGGUAGAGCUCCUCCAGGAAAAGGGCAGACAGGCAUUAGGAGUAGCUCCAAAAGAGUCUUGCAAGAUGACUUCCGAGGAUCUUUUGCAGCCGGGCCAUGUUGUCAAGGAGCGUUGGAAGGUGGUUCGAAAAAUCGGUGGCGGUGGUUUUGGUGAAAUAUAUGAAGGGCAAGACCUUAUUACACGUGAACAAGUGGCACUCAAAGUGGAAUCCGCAAGGCAGCCUAAGCAGGUGCUCAAAAUGGAAGUUGCCGUUUUGAAAAAGCUACAGGGCAAGGAGCAUGUGUGCCGCUUUAUUGGAUGCGGCCGGAACGAUAGAUUUAAUUACGUGGUGAUGCAACUUCAAGGAAAGAAUCUAGCAGAGCUCAGGCGAGCUCAGCCGCGUGGUGCAUUUUCGCUUAGUACAACACUUAGGUUAGGCUUACAAAUUUUAAAGGCCAUCGAAUCGAUACAUUCUGUGGGAUUCCUUCAUCGUGAUAUUAAACCGAGCAACUUCUCCGUCGGGCGCUUACCCUAUAACUGCCGGCGGGUGUAUAUGCUGGACUUUGGCUUGGCUCGGCAAUAUACCACAGGUACCGGCGAGGUGCGAUGUCCCCGAGCAGCUGCUGGUUUCCGUGGCACAGUUCGGUAUGCAUCCAUCAAUGCUCAUCGAAAUCGGGAAAUGGGGCGUCACGAUGAUCUAUGGUCCCUAUUUUAUAUGCUUGUGGAGUUUGUAAACGGCCAGUUGCCGUGGCGAAAGAUAAAAGACAAGGAACAAGUUGGCCUAACAAAGGAGAAGUAUGACCACAGAAUAUUGUUGAAGCAUUUGCCGUCAGAUCUAAAGCAAUUCCUGGAGCAUAUCCAGUCUCUUACCUAUGCGGACCGACCGGACUACGCGAUGCUAAUCGGACUAUUUGAGCGCUGUAUGAAGAGACGCGGCGUCAAAGAAGUUGACGCAUAUGACUGGGAAAAAGUGGACACUUCAGCAAUUGGCAACAUCAAUUCAAGUGGCAACCAAGUGCCUGCCAAGAAUGAUUAUAUCCAUGGAAAUAUUACACAAAUGACAGUGGCAGCGUCUAACGCGAGCGGCACUGAAUACGUUCGAAAGCGGACUGAUAUUGAUACCGCCCAGAUCGCAGCGACAGAGCCUUUGCAUAUGAAAGAUAAGGUUGACAGAAACUGCAAUGCGACGCCAUCAGUUCCCCAACCACAGGCCAAAUGCGAGACAUCCGUACAGCACGCCAACUCAACCAAUAAUCAAAACACCCUACCCAAAGCUUUGUUGCAGCAGCAACAUCCACCACAGCCUGCCAGCACUGCAAUGGCUACGUCGAAUCUCCCCAGUGCACUGAUCAAGUCAUCAAUGGUUGGUGUUGGAAACCAUGAAGCACCGAUAAAGACACCGCAUUCGGUAAUUCAUGCGAAGAACUGUCAACCCCACAGCGGAACCGGCUCCUUUUCUGCAUCAAACCAAAACAACUCUGCUCCUGUCUAUUACCCACAUCUGGAAGAUAAGUUCGCUGCCACACAGCUAUUGCAAACGAAGAAGACCGCUGAGGGAGAGCGCAUAGGAGAUGUUGAUAUCGAAGUCGCACUGAUUGCAGUGGAAAGCUCCCAAGGCCAGAAGAUCGUCGACGCAAAUGUUUCUGAGGGUGUCAAUAGAACACUACAGUCCGGUGGAGCGCAGCACCAGUCCUUGCACCAGCCACCGCAAGCGAAAAAAUUAAAUCCCAGUGGAAAUACUGAUAAGCAACACCAGAAACUGGAGGCAUUACCCGCGGAAAAGUGCGGCGAUAGCAAGCGAUCCUUGGACGAUCAAAAGUCAACCUAUGGGCGCCUCCGUGUACUUACAGCCCCACCCAUGAGCGUGCAUGAUCUAACAGUUGGUGGAGCCCAAAGCCAGCAUGGUGAUGAACAGUCCCUAACCCAUGAACAGGAUGCUCUGGUUUUUUGCGGAGGAGGAGGUUCUGCCUCAAAGGUUGCCAUAUGCCAGCGCGGUCAGGUGUUUGGCAUGGUUGGCAUACCGCCGGUCAAUCGUCGUUCAGCAACAUCCACCAAUUUACGACCGUCUUCCUCGGGUGCUGGUUCCAAUUCGAUUCAGCGUAUCAAUAGCGCAUCAGCAGGCGCAGCUGGUGCGGGCACUGGCAGCAACACAGCCAGAAGCAGUGUUACCGGCGACCAUUCUGUCACUCAAUUCGCAUUGAUAGACGAUGAAAAUGUGUCCGCAUUACAACAGGUAACACGGGGCGGAGCUCUCACUCUUGCUUCCCAGUGGAAAAGUCAGUUUGAUGACUCUGAGGACACGACCGAUAACGAAUGGAACAGAGAGCCACAGUCGCAACCCAAUUUGGAUCAAUUGAUUAAGGGGGAUGUUUCAUUGCCUCUGUUAAAUGAAGCUGCAAUCUUUUCCCUAACUGCCGUCGCUGAUACAACCAAGACACCAAAGACCCAAACGUCCCGAGACGCAAAAUCCAGGCCGAAAAGAUACACACUCAACAUAUUCGGGAUCGAGAGCUACGACACGUUGAAAAUAUCUUUACCGCACUGCUGGUCUGACCCUGCAAUGGGUAAUGUAUUACGUAAAGACUUAGAGCCACCGGCUGUGCAACAAGCCGCUUUUGAUAACACAGUAUAUCGCAUGGAUAUAGCCAGGAAUGUUUGUGUGCGAGAAACAUACUCGGAAAUCACCCCGCUGGGACAGCCAAAAAAGCCUUCUGUUUCUAUUGUUUCGCAGACGGUAUUGCCAUCAUCAUUUAAAGAUGACCAUAUUGCGUUUCAGUCAAAUAAAUCACAUGAGAGCCAAACCAAGUCCAAACAUCGAAACAGCCUUCCGAAUGUGUCAUUGGCCGACAUUUUUGAUGACCAACAGGCACUACCAAAUUAUAGCUCUUUGGUGGCGAAUGACGCGGCCCAGCCCUGGAGUGUUCAAACCACAUCUUGCCAGAGGAGUAAUUUGCCUGUGAGUGAAGAGAUCCAGGACAACAAUGGUUGUGUUAGUGGGCGUCUGGAAAUUCGUGUCGUUCCCAAAGAAUCCUCUCAUUUGGAUGAAUCUGUCUACUAUGAUGCACUAGCAGCUGCUGUUAAGAUGACUUCAAGUACAACUAGCCAAGGCAUUGCUGAUAAAACUCAAGGCCAAGAUUCUAGUGAUAAGGUGCUAAUUAACUGUGAUGAAAUAAAAGCAACAGCAGCAGCAGCAAUAAAAGCUUCCUCUCCAAAUACAAUCAAUAAUUGUAAAGCACCAGUCAACAAAGCCACUUCUGAAGCACUCAACGAGCCAAGCUGCUUCAACUCUCAUGUGGUGGAUUCUAUCAAGCCAAAGCUGAAUGGAAAUAGCGAAAUAUGCAAUACAAAGGAGCAGGCUCUUACAAAAACAGGUGAUUUAGAUACUCAAAUAACACGGGUGAGCUGCGCCUAUGGAGGCACGGAAGGUGGCUGUGAACCACCGCUCUUGGCACCCAGCAAAAUACCAGUGCGCCAAUCAAAAUGCGCUUCAUGGGCGGGUGCUGAUACUGCCACAAACGCAUCAACAUCAACCUUAAUUGGGUCCAUCGGAGGACAGCAUCAUAUCCAAAACAAUCCACCAUUUGACAUGCCCAAUUGUAUGAUGGACGCUAUGCCUGUUCGCCACGACAUAUACUCUGGUGUUUUACAAAAUCCUCCUAAUAAUACGGACCUAACACCAGGAUUACGGCGCCGACGAGAAUCCGCUGAAGGAAAGUACAUAACCGACCCAACACAAUUACAGCUAAGAUUUCAACGUCCUCGGUCCCGCACUUCCAGUCGAACUCGUGGCAUACCCACAACAAUGUUAGGAAAUUUUGAUGAUCAAUCAACUGAUCUCAGUGAAGACAAAGCUGGAACUAUUGGAGCUCACUUUAUCACAAAGCAAUAUGAAGAAUCAAACAUUAACAAUAUCACAUGGAGUGAAAAUUCAACAGAUCAACAGCCUAACAUCUCGCCACCGCCGGGGGAGCCCAACAUAGAAAAUAGUGCGCGCCUUCGUCGUUAUAGGCAUAACAUAGAAUAAUCGAAAUUCUCAGUAGCAAUACUACUAUUUUGGACCCAGGAUAUAUUUCGAAAUCUACCACUUGCUCGUUUUUGUUACAGAAUUAACAAGUCCAUUGUACACGACGGCAAUGAGAUCAGUUCACAAUUAUUGGCUCAUACUUACAUAUGUUUUCAAAAUUUUGUUCGACCAGCAUUGAUAACAUUUUUCAUUUUUUUUCUCUAUCUUUAAACAUUUAAAUCAAAUAUUCUUGCUUGGACUAGAAAUAACAAAGAUUUCUUCCAUGUCCACUUCUGGGGCAAGGCAAAGUAACCAAACAAAAUAUAAUGAAAAUAUUAAAUAAGCUUUAAUAGAAAUGCCUAACACCGUUAUUUAUACAUAGAAUCAAAAUAUAUUGAUCGACUAAGAAAUUUCACAUCCGUGCACACCUGUACUCACAAUUAACGAGGCCCAUAAACGAUAAACGACACCUAAUUAUCUCCGUAUUUAAUACCUACAAAUUGAAUUGUGAAUGUUUCAAGUCAAGGAUGCAUUAUAAUAAAGUUGCAAAUAAAAUGAGUGCUAGGUGAAUUUCAGUUAUUAAUGAAUUAAUUUAUACUUUGUUAUUUAGUUAUAUGUAUGUAUGUAUGUUUUUGAAGAACGUUCAGCUCUACACAUCUGCAGUAGUCGUUGCAAUUUUAAUUUCGGUGAUGUGUGUAUGUAAAAUGUGUAAACUUGAUGUGCACCAUUGACCUCAUAAGGUUCGCUUACCUUACACAUUAUACAAAGUGCUUUCUAUGGAAUUAAGUUUUUGUUUUUAUUACAAUUCGAUAUAUUCAAUAUGCGUAAAAGCGGAAUUUCUUUAUUGUAAAUAUUACGGCUAUUAUCUCAAAUGUAAUAGAUGAAAGUAACCUCAAUAAAGUGUAAUUAAUUAA